ACUUAAAGGAUGCAACUCGAACAACGCCUGUACAUUUCGAUUAUUUCAUUACAUGCCCACAAGAAGUUAUCCUCUUCGAUAUCGUCAACUCAUGAAGAGGCAUUGGCAAAGCAACUAAACAGAACUGGUUCGGACGCGAUUCAGGUUCUCCACGGAAUCGAUUGGACAAGGCUUAGUUACUUCUUGAGUUCGUCGUGGUUCUAUAAAUGAAUUUGUUCCUUGAACUUUGAGUUCAGUUACAUCUUGCCAAAAGCCGAAAAGCCGAAAAGCCAUGGAGGAAUAUCAUUAUUCGUACGAAAUUCCCUCCGAAACCAACAAGUUGGUCAACAAUGAGCGUUGUGUCAAUCCUUGUGUGAAACUAUUUUUGAUGCUCAUCAACCUUGGUAUGUUCGUGUUGGGAGUGAUAUUGUGCUUUUCCCAAGUGAUUGGUUUGGCAUGGCCUACAUUAGGAGGUCAUGCACUCCCUCUGUGGGUCUCGACCUCGACCUUCGUCUUCAGCACUUUUGGGUUGAGCGUGUUAGGGAUCAUGUUGCUCUUGGUAUCGUUUCUCGGAGUUGCGGGCUUGGUGAUGAAAUCCAGAGCUCUGAUCUUCGGUUAUGCUGCAUUGCUCCUCCUCUGUGUUUUCGUUGGAGUGGGCCUGGCAGUUGUUACUUGGAUAAAAUUGCCAAACAUUGAAUCUGAAAUUUCCGAGAAGCUGCAGUUGACUUUCAAAUCUCGAUAUGGAGUGCACAACCAAACCACUGAAAUGGUGGAUGCUCUUCAGAGCAGUUUAAAAUGUUGUGGUGUCAAAGCCUUCAAAGAUUGGGAAGAAUCGGCAUGGUUCGAUCUGCCAGAUCGGAAUGACCUAACGGUGCCAGAUUCUUGUUGUAUUGAGCCUAGCGAUGAUUGUGGUAAGAACGUGGAGACCAACAUCAGUUUCAAUGGAUGUGAAGGCACGAUAUUGGCCCUGGCUUGGCACGAACUUCUCAUCUUCGCCGUGUUAGCCCUCGUAACGUUCGUCCUCCAAAUGGUGGCAUGUUUAAUAAGUUGUUGCAUCAAGUUCCAUGAUCCGUUAUACGAUUAGUAGUUGCGUGAGUUGAGGAGAUUGUCCCCUAUGAAACGAUUCGGGUCGCGGCGCGCUUUGUGGAUUCCAUCCAUCCCCAGAUCCCCAGAUCCCCAAAGCAAUGUCAAAAAGCAGGGCCUGCGUGCGCUCUAUCCCUGGG